AUGUUUGGCGAUCGCCAGCGCGAGGUCGAUGAUCGCCUCCGCGUCUUCCUCCACCAGGUUAAUGGCGCGUGGCUCCCAGUCGUUGAGCGAGAAAAGGCCGAUGACCCCCUCACUGUACGCAGCUACAUUUUUGACAUACUCAACCACAUUGUUCUGGUUCUUGAGCACUUGGAGGAUGAAGGUGAGCAUGUGCGGUGCAAAGGUUUCCACAUACCCCUUUUUGAAGCAGUCCAGGACAGUGGUGAUGAAUCUGUCCUUCAGGCUCAUGACAAAGACAACUGGUAUCAAGAGUUUAGUCCACUGCUUGAGCGCGGUGGACCUGAAUGCACCCACGAACAUUUUCAGCGCCAUCUUAAUGAACUUCUUGAUAUCCCUAUGAUCCAGCAGGUGGUCUUUUGGGCCCCCUGA